GGGCUCGCAGCGGCUGCUGAGGGGAUGGGGUCUGUGUGUGGGUCCUCGCAGUGCGGAGGAUGGACGGGUCUUCCUCCUUUCUCCGGCUUUAUGGGGCUGCGUUAAAGCUGCAUUUUGUUUUUUUCAGCUCAGAAUCGCGGCUCGGGGCGCAGGGCGGGAUGCCCACUGCUCCUUAUCGCCUCAGAGAGCUGCCCGUGAUUCGCCUCUCCCAGGCCGCAGCUCAGCUGCCAUAGCACUGCGGGAAGCGCCGGGGAAACGGCUGCCGCUCGGCUGUAUCUCUCCGCGCAGGGCCGGGCUGCCAUCUGCGGCUUUCCUGCCCCCGUUGCUUGCGUCCUGCAGCGGCUGCAGCCCGGGGCGUUGGGCACCGUGCUGGUAGCGGGGCUGAAAGCGGAAAGAAACGCGAAGGACAGAUUUGUAAUAAAGCAGGUUGAAUGCAUUGAUGAAAAGCAAGCAAAUGAGGCCUUGAAGGAGGCAAUGGGUUUGCUACAACUUCAUCAUUCAAGCAUCUGUGCUUACAAGGAAAUGUUUGUGACUUGGGAUAAUGAGAUAUCAUCUCUGUACCUUUGUCUGGUAAUGCAGCACUCAGGCCAAGUGGAUCUUUCAUCUCUGAUCAAGACAAAAAGGCAGAAGCCAGAGAAAAUAGCAGACGUGGUAAAAUGUACAGAAGAGGCAUCUAGCUGAACUGACUGAAUCUCACUGCAUUUAUAUUUCUUCCUCUGUAUUCUGUCUUUCUAGAAGUCAUCCCUAAGACCUUCAGAGCACAGUGUUUUGCUGGAGGGUACUUUUGGAAGCUAUCUUUGUCCUUAAUUGCUGUGGCAUUGCUGUAACACUAACUCUUUGUGUAGCUUGUUCUCAAGCAAUUGCAUCUUUCCCCAUUUUACAUUUUUAUCCAUGAAAAAUAUGGAUAAUUGUUAUUACUGAACGCACACAGUGAUGAGCAUGUUUAUCUAUUUGGAGAAAAUAGUACUUCCUUACUGGUGGGACCUUACUUCAAACAAUGGUAUUCUCUUUUGUUGAAUAUCUAAUUUCUCUGUUAUGUUAUUCUGUGUAUGUUAUGCUUUCAUGUAUAUACCUAUCACCAGGUGCUGCUGAAGUUUUUGGGACAGAUGGUGGAUGCUUUGUUUUAUAUACACAAGCAAAAUAUUUUCCACAGAAAUCUCAAGCCAUCAAACAUACUUGUGACUGGUGAAACAUCCUUCAAGCUUUGUGACUUUGGUACAGAAACACUUAUGACCGACGAAUGGAAAUGGAAAAUAAGAGUGGAAGAAAAUUGCAAGUGUUGGAUGGCUCCAGAAGCAUUCAGUUUUUCUUUCAGUGAUAAGUCAGACAUCUGGUCUCUAGGGUGUAUCCUACUUGACAUGAUGACCUGUUUUGUUUUGAAUGCAGAAGAAAUCACUUUGUUACUGCAGGAUAUAAGACGAGACACCAGCCAUCUUGAUAGAGUUCUGUCCCUAAUGGAAAUUGGAGAAAACAGUUCUUUGCCUUUAUUCCCAGUUUUAUCUAUGAUGCUACAGAUUCAGCCCAGCAUGAGAACCACAGCAAAGGAUCUGAUCGAUGUGCCAUUUAUUGGGGAAUGUCUGAUUGUUGCUAGUUCAUCUGUAAUAAAACAGAAGAAGUCUUUGGCUUCCUGUGUAAUAGAUAUGUUCCUUGAGGGAGGAAUCGGAAGCAUUCUAGAAUUCAUGCAAGCUUUCUGGGAUGUAGAAGAAGCACAGGCUAAAGCCAUGCAACACCUGGCCCACUUUGUAGGAGAUAAAAGUGCUCUGCCCUAUCUGCUAACGUUCACAGAAUUGAUUGUUUUUGCCUUGAAGACUCAUACAAAUUGUUUCAAGUUACAAGUAGAUGGUUGCAGUUUAUUGCUUGAAGUUCUCAGUCAAGCUCUAGAACAGGAUGUGGUGAUGGUUCUGGAUGAGAAUGUGAUCAACUCUCUGUUAGAGAUAGUGAGAAGGCACUCUGAAGAUGAAGAGCUUCUUUCACUGAUCUGCCCAUUACUGAUGAUGAUUUCAGCUGAUGAAGUUGUUGCGGAAAAUCUAAGGAAAGCUGGAUUAACUUCAGAUCUUCUGUCAAUUUUAUGUAACUUUAUUCAUAAUGAGCAGAUCUGCCACACUAGCUGUGCAGUUCUCUGGAGCUUGGCUGUGAGUGAGAACAGUGUAGACCAAGUAAUGCUGCAAAGUGCUGUCCCCAUUAUCACCGCAGUCAUUCAAGAGCACCUCCAGAAUGGAGCAGUUCUGAAGUCAGCUUGCUCAGCUUUGUGGGCGCUGUCACUGCAAGGUUUUUUAACUGAAAAUGACUAUGAGCCCACAACAGUGCUUCUGAUGGAUGCACUCAGGAUGAACCUGGAAAAACCAAUGCUGGUGAAUAAUACCUGCCUGGCAUUAGCAAGCCUUCUAAGGCUAUCUGAAAUAGCAGCUUUGAGAUUUAUAACGGAUUCAAAAGGCAGUGGAAUAAACCUGAUCAAAGAUGCCUACCGCUUCUACUGUGAUGAUCCACAAGUGGUGGAAAGUAUCUGUGUGCUGAUUAAUGAGAUGGUUCAGUAUGACGACGUUAUGCUGGAUAUGUUGUCACAGCAAAUGGAAGAGUUGCUGUCUGAAAUAAAAAGCCGGUUUCCAUCUAGCAUGGAGAUUAUGACCCUUGCGGAUACAGCACUUUUGAAACUGCAGGAGUAAAGUAAAAGCUUUCUGUAUAAGAACAAGACCUGUAGACUUCUGGCUCAGAUAUAAAAGCCUGGAUCAUCCUGAAGUAUUUUACAAGAUAUUUCUCACCAGGAAGAUUAAUAUUGGACCAUUAACAAUACUUAAAUAAUUCUAUGUUCUCUUUAGUUACCACAACAGUGAGACUAAUAGCAAUACUUAAGAGCUUGCCUUACCUUGUAGACUUCAAAAAUAUCCAAAAUAAAGGUUUUAGUCUUGAGAGUUUCAGUAAA